CUGCGCUGCGCUGCGCUGGGCGUGCGGGAGCGGAGCGGAGCGGAGCGGAGCGGGACGGCCGGCCGGGCGGGCAUGGGCAGGGCGCGGGCGCGGGGCGGGCGCUGAGCCGGGCGGCCGGCGGGAGCCAUGGAGGAGUGGCGGCAGUGCGGGCGCUGGCUCAUCGACUGCAAAGUUUUGCCCCCCAACCACCGCGUGGUGUGGCCGUCGGCCGCCGUCUUCGACCUGGCGCAGGCGCUGCGCGAUGGGGUGCUGCUCUGCCAGCUGCUGCACAACCUGUCCCCCGGCUCCAUCGACCUCAAGGACAUCAACUUCAGGCCGCAGAUGUCGCAGUUUCUCUGUUUGAAGAACAUCCGGACGUUCCUAAAAGUCUGCCAUGACAAAUUUGGGUUAAGGAACAGCGAGCUGUUUGAUCCCUUCGACCUCUUUGAUGUGCGGGAUUUUGGGAAGGUGAUAUCUGCAGUAUCCAGACUUUCCUUCCACAGUAUCGCUCAAACCAAAGGAAUUAGACCCUUCCCUUCCGAGGAGACCACAGAGAAUGACGAUGAUGUCUACCGGAGCUUGGAGGAGCUGGCUGAUGAACAUGACCUGGGGGAGGAUAUUUAUGACUGCGUCCCCUGUGAAGAUGAAGGAGAUGAUAUCUAUGAAGAUAUCAUCAAAGUGGAAGUUCAGCAACCCAUGAAAAUGGGAAUGACAGAAGAUGACAAAAGAAAUUGCUGUUUGCUAGAAAUCCAGGAAACUGAGGCCAAAUACUACAAAACACUUGAAGACAUAGAAAAGAAUUACAUGAAUCCACUGAAGCUGGUACUCACUCCGCAAGACAUGGAAGCUAUUUUUAUCAAUUUGGAGGACCUCAUUAAAGUGCACUUCAAUUUCCUGCGAGCCAUCGAUGUGUCUAUGAUGUCUGGAGGAAGCAGCUUGGCAAAAGUGUUUCUGGAAUUUAAAGAAAGGCUAUUGAUUUAUGGCAAGUACUGCAGCCAUAUGGAAUAUGCCCAGAAUACUCUGAACCACCUCAUCGCCAACAGAGAGGACGUUAGGCAAAAAGUAGAGGAAUGCACAUUAAAGGUUCAGGAGGGGAAGUUCAAAUUGCAAGAUCUGCUGGUGGUGCCAAUGCAGAGGGUCUUGAAGUAUCAUCUCCUAUUAAAAGAGCUUCUCAGCCACUCGUCAGAUCGGCCUGAGAAGCAGCAGCUCAAGGAAGCUUUGGAAGCCAUGCAGGACUUGGCCAUGUACAUAAAUGAAGUCAAGAGAGACAAAGAAACCUUAAAGAAAAUAAGUGAAUUUCAGAGCUCUAUAGAAAACUUGCAAGUGAAACUGGAAGAAUUCGGGAGGCCGAAGAUAGACGGUGAACUGAAAGUGCGUUCAAUAGUAAACCACACAAAGCAGGACAGGUAUUUAUUUUUAUUUGAUAAAGUCGUAAUCGUCUGCAAAAGAAAAGGCUACAAUUAUGAGCUGAAGGAAAUUAUUGAGCUGUUCUUCCAUAAGAUGACCGACGAUCCCAUGAACAACAAGGACAUUAAAAAGUGGUCGUACGGGUUCUACCUAACUCACCUUCAAGGGAAGCAGGGUUUCCAGUUCUUCUGCAAGACAGAAGAGAUGAAGAGGAAGUGGGUGGAGCAGUUUGAAAUGGCCAUGUCCAAUAUUAAGCCAGAGAAAGCCAAUGCAAAUCACCACAACUUCCAGAUGUACACGUUCGAGAAGACAACCAAUUGCAGAGCUUGCAAGAUGUUUUUAAGAGGAACUUUCUACCAGGGCUAUCUUUGCGCACAAUGUGGGGCAGGCGCUCACAAAGAAUGCUUGGAAAUCAUCCCACCGUGCAAGAUCGGUUCCUCGGCAGACCAGGACCCAUUAAAUGUAGGACCUGGUCCUAAAAUGGUGGCGGUUCAGAAUUACCAUGGCAACCCAGCUCCCCCGGGGAAACCAGUGCUAACAUUUCAAACUGGGGAUGUAAUAGAGCUGCUGCGAGGGGACCCGGAUUCCCAGUGGUGGGAGGGGAGGUUAAUACAGACCAAGAAAUCGGGUUAUUUCCCCAGCUCAUCAGUAAAGCCCUGUCCUGUGGACGCCAGGCCUCCCAACAGCCGGCCUCCGUCGAGAGAAAUAGACUACACCGCGUACCCUUGGUUUGCAGGGAACAUGGAGAGGCAGCAGGCCGACAACCUGCUGAAGUCACAUGCGAGUGGGACAUACCUGAUCCGGGAGAGGCCAGCGGAGGCUGAACGCUUUGCAAUCAGCAUUAAGUUUAAUGAGGAAGUGAAACACAUAAAGGUGGUGGAAAAGGACAACUGGAUUCACAUCACGGAAGCCAAAAAGUUUGAAAGCCUCUUGGAAUUAGUUGAGUACUACCAGACCCACUCCCUGAAGGAGAGUUUUAAACAGCUGGACACAACAUUAAAGUACCCGUACAAAUCGCGGGAACGCUCUACCUCCAGAACCUUCACUCGCUCCCCAGAUCGGUUGGUUUCCUUCGACCUAUGUGGAGGAGGAGGGAGUGCAAUGAGUCCCAGGUCUCUGACAAAAGACGCCCAGAAAAAGCCGCUGCAGACUGUGCACAGUUGUCCCAGCACCCAGGGCUCCAAGUGAAACGCAAUCAGAAAUCUUCCAGUAUUACCAACAGCCACCCUAUUACGAAUUCUUCUGCAAUCAGUCCUCUGUACAGUGUGUGUGCGUGUGUGCGUCGGGGGGUGCCACUGGCUUCCGGUCCUUGGUUGGGUUACUUGUAUAUAAGAUUUAUAGUCUAUCGGGUGUUUGUGUGACAGCAGAAGUGACCUGGGAAAGUCGCUCUCAACAGCCUAGACGAAGCACCGAGAGGCUCAAUGCAGCUGUGGCCAGAGACAUUGUCCAAGCCGGUCUUAUCAAGGGUGUUUCAGAAGCCACCGUGGUGUUGGCAGGAGGAUGGGACAGGGUGGCUCCUGGACUGAUGCCGGGAGUCGUGGGGGAAUGCUUUCAGAUCUCUGCUGAGAGGGAGCGAACUGACACCCCUUGCUGCUUGAAUGGACUCUGCUGGAUACUGGUUUCUCUGGGCAGGUUGGCACGUCGUGGCAGAGCCCACUAAGUCUGCUGGCGAUGGGAGGAGGUGGGGGGGAUGAAGGCACCGCAACCUGCUGCAAGGAGACUGCUCUCAUUUGAUGCCUGUAUGGAUCUAGGGAAGGAGUUUUUUUUAACAGAUAAGGAUGAGUCUGAAGCCAAACGACAGAGCUGGGCACACCUACCUGUUAGCAGAGACCCCCUUAUUUUGUAUCACAUGCCCUUUCUCUUAAGGCUAACUUUGGUCCCAGUAAGCUCACUCAGGGCAGAGGAGACACGGUCCUUUGUGGUGACGGCCACAUCUGGAUCAGGAGGUCUGGUCGCAUUGCAGGGCUGGGGAUGUGCCUUCCCCAGGAAGAGUUUUUGCAAAUCGUCAGUGACAUGAGGGAUGGCACAUGUGAUAAUAGAUACAAAUGUGCAUCGUUUGCUCCAGUGUGUCCGCCACUCUCAUAGCCUACCUAUCUUUCCUAUUCCUAACAAGGAUAUAUGUAAGCCACCCCACCAAACUAACGGCCUGUUCUUGCAGCCAUUAUGGCUCAUUGAGCUCAAUGGGGCCUACUCAGUAGGCGAGGGCUGUAAAACCAACCCCCAAGUUGCACAAAGCCGAUGUUAAACAGUCUCUCCUUUGGCCACCAUUUGGCAUGACGUACUUUGCCCACCUCCCAGCUGUUCAUUGCUGCGCGUUAGAGAGAAUCUGUGUUUCCCUUUCAUGUUGUCUCUCUCUCAUUGCUUUUGUGCCCUGAAUGAUGUUCAUCCCCUCCCUUGCUUUCCACGUGGCGACCCUUUUCAGUUGGCGAGGAGGAUAGUUGAGUGGAGUCCGCUGCAAGAGACUUCUGCCCUUUGGUCCCUGGACCAGAACGUCCACCCGAAGUGCACUCGUGCAAAACCACCAACAAAAAGCAAACCCCAGGGAUAUCGUUUGAAGUGCCCUUUUGCCUGUUUGCUUCCUUUCCUUCAAGGUGUUCAGCAGCCCCAUACCUUUUAACUUUGCUGCUGAGCUCUGUGUCCCUGGGCAAGAUUCUUCUGUCAUCAGCACCAGUGUAAAUCCAGAAGAGCUGCCUGCAUGAGAUGUAUGCAAGACCUAUGCAAGGGUAUGUCUCUCUCCUACAGUGCACCGCUGAAGUCCUGCCUGUCGUGACAGAAGAGUAUAGAGAUCUUACCUAGCCGUUUUGCAAGCGCUCCAAGUAUUAUCCGGGGAAGAACAGCAGACGUUGUGCUGCCAAAUUGGGAUGGAAAAGCCACGAGGAGCAUUCUGUGACCUUGGCAAGGAGGAAAACUGAAUUAACUUUGAAAAUAAGCUUGCUGUUAGUUUGGGACAAUAGUCUGGCCUCUUAUUUCGACUCGAUCCUUGGGUUUUCAUUCUUCUCCUGCAUUGGGUCUAGGACUGAGCUUGCUUACCAGCUGCUCAGUACUCCUUGUGCCAAAGCUGCCAGUGAACCUCUCACAUUGCACUGUAUGGGCUAGAAAAUAUUUCCCAGUUGAACUGUGCCCCUGCUAUAACAGACUCAUUCAGAUGCCUGCUGCCCAAAUGCCACCAUCCGCGGACCCCUGCUACCAGGCGGGCAUUAUUGUUUGCAUGCAGCCAAGUGCUCGUUCAGUGUAUGCAUCUUGCUCUGCCGAGUGAGGGCCAGGACCAAGCGGUUCGAUGGCAUUUCCAGUGGUUUUAUGAAGGUCAUUCCUUGGUGCUAACCUAUUCCAAUCCAGCUCAGUUCAUUUGAGUUUUAAUUGUUUGCCAGUCCUGUAUCUUUGCCUUUCAUCAUCUCAGCCUACCAAUACUGAAAGGAGAUGUGGCAGCACUUUGGAGAGGGGAAGGUGUAAAGGAGACUCAGGGAAGUUAAGUGCUCAGCUCUUACUGAAUAUCAAUGAAAGCAUGUUGAAUUUCAGUGCGAGUUGGACAUCCAUUUCCAUGAAGCACCGUUGACAUUUCCAGCCUACAAGCCACCCAUUUUCAAGCUGACUAACAAGUCUGGGUGCCCCACUUGAGACCUUAUUUUUUUCCCCAAAAGUGCUGAGCAGCAGCCCUUGAGAAAGGAAAACCCCUUCUAGACAUCGAAGCAAUCCAGAAUCAUUUUUGCAAAUGCAGGCCUCUCUAAUCCUGUGUAAUUGUGAGCAGACCCCAUUCUCUAAUAGCCGCAAAGAAAAUGGAUCAGAAAGAAGAAAACCCAAGGGGAUGCAUUUAUGCCUUGGGUAUUUCCUGAGCCUUUAGGUGACCCCAAUGACUAUUAUUUCACAUGCGAAGAAUCAUGUUGCGAGGGAACAUGGAAGGUGAACCCCUCUCAAACACCGUACGCCCUUCUAUCGCCGGGAUCAGAAGAGCCCUCUUUGUACUGUGCAGCACGUCGGGUAUCGUCAUCAGCUCCCAAACGAUGCAAUUUGUACACGCUCUGCCUACGCCCGAGUGACUCCCCUUACUCUUGCCCAGCACAAGAUCAGUCAUUCCUCAGAAAAGUCUCUCGUGUUUACUGUUGUAAGAAACUUGUUAAAAAGAAUUUUUUUUUUUGUUUGUAAUUAUUCAGCCGAUCGCCACGAUAUAUAUCUGUGAAUAAGAAGGGAAAAUGUUUUUUAUGAUGGUGAGAAAAUUGUAUAUAUAUUUUAGUUCAUCGCAAAACAUUCGGAGUUGUAACGGGAUACAGUGGAAAAUAAUAUGUAAAUUCCUUGAUUUUUUUUUUUUUUCCUUUGCACUAACUGGGAUAGGAGGGGCGGGGAGAGGGGAUCUAAAAGAUAAAAGGGUUGUUUAUGGAAUAGUUUAUAGCGGGGAAUUUGGAAGUCAUUUGGAGUAGCUUGUUAAUGCUGGAAUAGAAACUUUAGCUGCUACUUAGAAACCCUUUUGCAUGUGGUUUUUUCCAGAACUUUUUAAGUUACAGUACAUCCAAGUAAAUUCCACAACAAAAAUAAAAUGUAAUUUUCUUGAUACAAUUUUUUUUCCAACCAUGGUUUUUACUGCAAAUAAACAUACAUUCUUUUCUGCCUAA